AGGAAAAUUUGCAGUGGUGAAGAAGUGUAUCCAGAAAGACACUGAAAGAGAGUUUGCAGCAAAAUUCAUGAGAAAAAGAAGAAAGGGUCAAGAUUGUCGGAUGGAAAUAAUCCAUGAAAUUGCAGUCCUUGAGUUGGCACAAUGCAACCUUUGGGUCAUUAACUUGCAUGAAGUUUAUGAAACUGCAACAGAGAUGAUUUUAGUCCUGGAAUAUGCUGCUGGAGGUGAAAUCUUUGACCAGUGUGUGGCUGAAAGAGAGGAAGCCUUCAAAGAAAAAGAUGUUAAACGACUUAUGAAGCAGAUCUUAGAAGGCGUUUCAUUCUUGCACAGAAACAAUGUGGUUCAUCUUGACUUAAAGCCCCAAAAUAUUCUACUAACCAGUAAGUCUCCUCUGGGAGACAUUAAGAUAGUAGAUUUUGGCCUUUCCAGAAUAAUGAAGAGCAGUGAGGAACUAAGAGAAAUUAUGGGAACUCCAGAAUACGUAGCUCCUGAAAUUCUAAGUUAUGACCCGAUCAGUACAGCAACUGAUAUGUGGAGCAUUGGAGUACUGGCAUAUGUUAUGCUAACAGGGAUAUCGCCUUUCUUAGGGGAUGAUAAACAGGAAACAUUCUUAAAUAUAUCCCAAAUGAACAUAAGUUACUCUGGAGAAGACUUUGACCUCAUAUCAGAGUCUGCCGUGGAUUUCAUCAAAACUCUGCUGGUUAAGAAACCCGAGGACCGGGCAACUGCUGAAGAAUGUCUUCAACACCCAUGGUUACAACAAAGUGAUAAUCCUGCUUGCCGGGCCUGGAAUAAGAGUACAGGAGGGGAGACCAGUGAUGUCACCCAGAAAGAUGGAGAUUCUGCCUCUGAAAAGUCAGUAGAUGCUGAGAAGACUGAAGAGGAAGAAUCAAUAGUGACAGAAGAACUAAUUGUAGUGGCUUCAUAUACAGUGGGACAAUGCAGGCAGUCAGAAAAAGAAAAAGUAACUGAGCAGAAAGCCAUUUCCAAACGAUUUAAAUUUGAGGAACCAUUGCUGCAAGAAAUACCAGGAGAAUUCAUUUACUGAACUGUGUGGAGUGUCAUAGCCAUAACUGGAAGGCAGUGUUUUCUACUAAACAAAAGUAUCCUAGCCAAGUGAAUUUCUGAUAUGCAAUAAAUGUUCUAGAUAAAAGAAAAUGUCGAUAAGUGGCAUCCAAGGAAAAUGUGCCAAGUUUUUAAUUUCAUGGAACAGAUAAACAAGAUUUCAAGUGGCUGAUGGGAGUUUAACAAAGAUAAAAGCUUAUUUUUGUUUGUAAUUUUUAUUUCUUUUUUGUUGUUGUUGCUUUAUAGCAGAGUUUUUGUUAAUUGUUCCAGUGUUCUGGAGAAGUUGACAUUGGAAGUGUUUCAGUGACAGAUGUCAAGAGAAGUAUUUUAGGAUAAGUUUUGGCAUUUAAUGCAAAUAUGUAAUGCUGGGUUUUCCUCAAACACCUUUUAGCACUUCUGACUUCAGUGGAACUAUCUACUGAUCUAAAAAUUGCAUGGGAGGAGAAUUGGAUGAGACUGGUUCGAUGUACA